AUGGAAGUCGUUAGAGCAGAUCCCAAAAAGACAUUUAAAUUAGAAAAGCGCAUCGGAAAAGGGACAUAUGGUGAAGUUUGGCAAGCACAUUAUCGAAAUACAGGUCAAAGUAUUGCAAUCAAAAUUAUUGACGACAUUGCUGAGGCUUUGGAGGAAGUUAAAGAAACACGAGCACUGAAUCGUCUCUGUUAUAGUCAUCCAAACCUUCCCCAAUUUAUGGGGGUCUAUGUUAACAGUCCAGCAGAUGAUCUUAUGCAGCCCCAAGUAUGGAUCGCAAUGGAAUUAUGUGGUGGAGGAACAGUUAACGAGCUCUCCAAACGGUGUGCAAAACUUAUUCCUUGUCUUACUUCCACGUGCCCUGAUGAACUUGUUAUUCGCUAUUUAUCCUGUGCUAACGCCUCAUCUCCAACUACCAUUCAGCAAAAAAAUGAACUUUUAACUAAGCUCGCCUUUUCACACUGUCCUUGUCUAAGUCAUCGGAAAGCUCGAAAUAAACAUCGCCUUGAGUCGGGAGUUAAGAAGCGCGUGGAUAUGACCAAGAAGCACGUUACAAGACUAUUUAUUCCUAGAAAUUUGUCCAAAUUUGAAGUUGAUUACCCACCCGGUCGUUUACCUCCUAUUGUCAUUCAGUACCUUAUCUAUUCCGCGGUCUCGGCUUUAUCCCAUUUGCAUUCGUUUGGUGUCAUUCAUCGCGAUGUUAAAGGGAGUAAUAUCCUUCUAACUGAAAAUGGAGAAGUUAAACUUGUAGAUUUUGGUGAGUUCAUUUCUGUUGAUGCCAUAUGA